AUGAUCGGUUCACUUAAAAACAAAUUUGAGCAUUUCAAAAUUUCUGAAAAGGGCGGUAAAGAGCUUUCAACUACACUACCAAAACUACCAUCUUCAAAGGACCUCGACGAAUCAACUAUCUACAAGUACCGUUAUAAUUAUGGUGUAAACUUGGGGGCAUUGUUCGUGCUCGAACCAUGGAUUUUUUCUAAAGAAACUGUGUGUACGGUAGAUGGCAAGGAAUACGACUGUGAAUUUGAUGCCAUUUCUCACCAAUUGAAAAAACAUUCCGCUAAAGACGUUGCAAAAAUGUUAAGUGAUCACUACAAGAAAUAUAUUGAUCGAAUCGACUGGGAUUGGCUCUCCAAAGAUGCUCAUAUUACGGCACUACGUAUUCCAAUUGGAUACUGGCAUGUUGAAGACGGGAAACAUUUAGACUCGUUACCUUUUGCCCCGUUGAAGAACGUUUAUGAAUUAGCCAGACCUUGGCAACAGCUUGCAGGAUUAAUAAGCACGGCCAAGGAACACAACAUAGGUGUAUUGAUAGAUUUACAUGGCCUACCAGGAGGCGCCAAUUGUGACUCUCACAGUGGCCUCAAGAAUGGCGAAGCUGAGUUUUUCCACAAGGAAAAGUAUAUGACUAAAGUUUACAAAGAAAUUUUGCCUGCAAUUAUUACAACAAUGACUUUGAAAAAUGAAAACAUCAUUGGAAUUCAAGUUGUUAAUGAAGCGUGCUUUGCUAAUAAUCCUAAGGGUCAAAAAUUCUACUAUUCGGAAGCGAUUAACAUCAUCGAAAAGCUUCAACCUGGUUUACCUGUAGUAAUAUCCGAUGGCUGGUGGCCCCAACAAUGGGCAGACUGGGUCAAAGAGAAAAAAUUCAGCGAAACUGUGGUCAUUGAUUCUCAUGUAUACCGUUGUUUUUCUGAUUCUGAUAGGUCCAAAGAUGCCAAUACUAUAAUAAAAGAUUUAAUCAACACUGUAAACUUCCCUCGUGCAGAUGCUGACUAUACCGUUGGUGAAUUCUCUGGCGUUCUUGAUGGACAAACUUGGAACAGGACAUCUAGUGAUCGGGAUUCGACAGUCCAAAAGUACGUACAAGCUCAAGUGGAUGUCUUUUCUCAUGUGGCCAGCUGGGGUUGGUUUUUCUGGACCUUGCAAUUUGAAUACGGUGAUGGAGGUGAAUGGGGUUUAGCGCCGAUGAUGCAAAAAGGGAACUUACCAAAACGUCCUCAUGGUCAUGAUUUGAAAAUCGACAAAAGGAAAAUAGAUUCAAUAAUCCAAGAACACAAGGUUUAUUGGGACGGUAAAGGCAAGAAAUUCGAACAUUGGAGAUUUGAGGAUGGUAUCAAUAUGGCCGUAGACGAUAUGAUUGCCUUCAGAACGUUUGACAAUUCUCUGAUUGGCAGAUGGCAUUCUUGGAAAUCACAAAGAAGAGCUGAAUACAUUUCCGCUAAGAAAGACAGUGAAUUCAUGUGGGAAUGGGACCAAGGCUACUGGCGCGGGUUAGACGAGUUUAAUAAGUAUUAA